AUGGGCAGCGCCGAGGAGGAUUAUAACUUUGUCUUCAAGGUUGUCCUGAUCGGGGAAUCCGGGGUGGGCAAAACCAACCUGCUCUCCCGCUUCACCCGCAACGAGUUCAACCACGACAGCCGCACCACCAUCGGCGUGGAGUUCUCCACCCGCAGCGUCCCCAUGGGAGGGGCUGUGGUGAAGGCUCAGAUCUGGGACACGGCCGGGCUGGAGCGGUACCGGGCCAUCACCUCCGCGUAUUACCGGGGGGCUGUGGGUGCUCUGGUUGUCUUUGACAUCACCAAGCACCAGACCUACGACGUGGUGGAGCGCUGGCUGAAGGAGCUGUACGACCACGCUGAGGCCAGCAUCGUGGUCAUGCUGGUGGGGAACAAGACCGACCUGGCGCAGGCUCGGGAGGUGCCCAUGGAGGAGGCAAAAAUGUUUGCAGACAACAACGGGCUGUUGUUUGUUGAGACCUCAGCUCUGGACUCCACCAAUGUGGAGCAGGCGUUUGAGACCAUCCUGAAGGGUAGGAGCAGGGAUGUUGGGGUGCAGGGGGGUCCCCAAGGGCCAGGGUCCUGCUCCUGA